AUGGGUUCAAUCCAGACGGACGGGCCCCCUGCGGGACAGACGCCCGAGUCGACGCGUCAGAUCGUUGUCGCCGGUGCACAGCUGGGCCCGAUCCAUAUCAACACUCCUCGAUCAGAGGCGAUCGACCGAAUGAUCAAGUUGAUGGACGAUGCACACCAAAAACAGGCCAAGUUGAUCGUAUACCCUGAAAUCGCCCCAGUGACAUUCUUCCCCCGUCAUGUGCUCGAGGGAGAUGAACUGGAACAAUACUUUGACCGUGAGGUCGACGGCGAUGCGGCCAAAUCCCCCCAUUUGAAGCCGCUGUUCGACAAGGCGAGAGAAUAUAAAAUGGACAUGUAUCUAGGGUACGCCGAAUGCACCGGCGACGACCACGUCCACUAUAACACCGUGGUGUAUUAUUCAGGGCAGGUAGACAAGGUCAUUUCCAAGUACCGCAAGGUACACUUACCGGGCUCGUUUGAGCCAUAUAAAGGCAACGACGUGACCAACCAGCUGGAGAAGCGGUACUUCAAACCUGGCGAUCUGGGAUUUCAGGCAUUCCGUGCUCCAGGGCUGCUACCCGACGUCGUCACCAAGAACUCGGGUGCAAAGGCCAAUGAGGGGGACACUCUCGGCAAGGGAGACGCCAUUGUGGGAAUGCUCAUCUGCAAUGAUCGCCGCUGGCCAGAAGCCUGGAGGGAAUAUGGAUUGCAAGGGGUAGAAUUGGUCUUGUGCGGGUACAACACCACCGCGUGGGCGCCCGAACUGCUUGGGACGAGCAAAAAGACCUCGACCCGGGAAAAGGCCAAAGAAGAGGCACUCUUCCACAACAAACUGUCCAUCACCUACAACAGUUAUGCCAACGCAUGUUUCAGUAUCAAUGUGGCCAAGUGUGGGUUUGAGGACGGUCGGUAUCCGUUAAUCGGGGGCAGCUGCAUCGUGGACUGCGACGGAGAGGUGGUGGUAGAGGCAUCGACCGAGGAGGACGAGUUGAUCGUGGCCGAGAUCGACUUGGCCAUGUGCCGCCGAGGCAAGGAGAAGGUGUUUGCAUUUGAGAGACAUCGGCGGACGGAGCAUUAUGGACGGAUCGUAGGACAGACUGGUGUUGUUGAGCCAGAAUUGUUGUAG